AUGUGUAAAUGUGAUUGAUUUACACAACAAUGCUUGAGUUUCUGUCCAGGGUAUAAAGGGGAAACUAUCGCUAUCUGUGGUACAGAGUGACCACAGUAUCCAGUACAAUGGGGAAGAUAAUUUUCUACGAGGACCGGAACUUCCAGGGCCGCCACUAUGAGUGCAGCAGCGACUGUGCUGACCUGCACUCCUACUUCAGCCGCUGUAACUCCGUCCGUGUGGAGAGCGGCUGCUGGAUGAUGUACGAGCGCCCCAAUUACACGGGGUACCAGUACUUCAUAAGAAGGGGAGAGUACCCCGACUACCAGCGCUGGAUGGGGUUCAAUGACUGUGUCAGGUCUUGCCGCAUGAUCCCACAAUACCAAGGAUCCUACAGGAUGAGGGUUUAUGAGAGACCUGAAUUUGGAGGCCAGAUGAUGGAGUUUGUGGAUGACUGUUCCUCUGUCUACGAUCGUUUCCGUUACAACGACAUUCACUCCUGCAACGUGAUGGAUGGCUACUGGAUCAUGUACGAGCAGCCCAACUACAGAGGAAGACAGUACUUCAUGAGGCCCGGAGAGUACAGGAGAUACAGCGACUGGGGAGGCAUGAGCUCCAGGAUUGGGUCCUUCAGACGCAUCACUGACUUCAACUAAAUUUGGAAUUUUAUUUACAAAAUGUGACAAGAGUGAACUAAAAUAAAGAUUAAUUUAAUUUUCCUCCAAAACUGUUUCUUUCCUGUUAUUAAGUGGUAUGACUAAUAUGAGAAAGCUUGAAUUAAAAAAUAAACAGAUGAUACAGUG